GAAGAAGAGAAGUAGGAAGUGAAUGAGUGUAGAGGGAGCAGCAUGGCUCUGAAUGGAGAUGAUGAAGAUUUGGGGUGGGAACCCCCCAGUGAGGCGGAGAUGAAGGUCCUCCAGGCUCGGCGGGAGCGGCAGGAUAAGAUCAGUAAGCUGAUGGGUGAUUACCUGCUGAAGGGGUAUAAGAUGCUGGGCGAGUGCUGUGACGCCUGUGGGACGAUUCUGCUGCAGGAUAAACAGAAGAAGAAUUACUGUGUGGCGUGUCAGGAACUCGACUCUGAUAUCGACAAAGAUAAUCCAGCCCUGAACGCCCAGGCGGCUCUGUCUCAGGUACGAGAGCGCCAGCUCGCCAAUCAUCACCAGUCUGAUGGAACCACGCCCACCUCAACAGAAGCCCCGCCCAGCAGCAGACCGGAGCACUGCGAGGGUGCGGCGUCCGGACUCAGAGCUCCGCCUCCUCCUCCCGUUCAGCCCCGCCCGCUCCCCGCGCCCAGUGCCCUCCCGCCUCAGCCGUCUCAGAGCCCACCCGCCGUGCUGAGCUCCGCCUCCCUUCAGCCCCGCCCCGCUCCCCCUCCUCCUCCUCCUCCUCCUCCUCCUCACCAGCAGGCGGCGCUGUCUCAGGCCGAGGAGGCCGUGCUGCACAAACUACGCUGGGCGACUCAGCAGCUGCAGGACGCCACGUCAACCGAGUGCAGCGUGCAGCUGUGCAGCCUGAUCCGCUCCUGCGCCGAGACGCUGCGGAGCCUGAGAGAGCUGCAACCCUGACCAUACACACACACACACACAUCAUACACACACCAUACACACACACACACACACACACAUCAUACACACACACACACAUUAUACACACACACACACACACACAGCCUGAUCCGCUCCUGCGCCGAGACGCUGCACAGCCUGAGAGAGCUGCAACCCUGACCAUACACACACACACACACACACACACAUCAUACACACACACACACAUUAUACACACACACACACACACACAGCCUGAUCCGCUCCUGCGCCGAGACGCUGCGGAGCCUGAGAGAGCUGCAACCCUGACCAUACACACACACACACACAUCAUACACACACCAUACACACACACACACACACACACACACAGCCUGAUCCGCUCCUGCGCCGAGACGCUGCACAGCCUGAGAGCUGCAACCCUGACCAUACACACACACACACAUCAUACACACACCAUACACACACACACACACACACACACAUCAUACACACACACACACAUUAUACACACACACACACACACAGCCUGAUCCGCUCCUGCACCGAGACGCUGCACAGCCUGAGAGAGCUGCAACCCUGACCAUACACACACACACACACACACAUCAUACACACACCAUACACACACACACACACACACACACACACACAUCAUACACACACACACACAUUAUACACACACACACACACACAGCCUGAUCCGCUCCUGCACCGAGACGCUGCACAGCCUGAGAGAGCUGCAACCCUGACCAUACACACACACACACACACACACACAUCAUAUCAUACACACACACACACACACACACACAUCAUACACACACACACACAUUAUACACACACACACACACACACAGCCUGAUCUGCUCCUGCACCGAGACGCUGCACAGCCUGAGAGAGCUGCAACCCUGACCAUACACACACACACACACACACACACACACACACACACACACACACAUCAUACACACACACACACAUUAUACACACACACACACACACACAGCCUGAUCUGCUCCUGCGCCGAGACGCUGCACAGCCUGAGAGAGCUGCAACCAUAAACACACACACCCACACACACAUUAUACACACCCACACACACACACAUUAUACACACCCACACACACACACAUUAUACACACACACACACACUCUGCUCUCUCUGUUGUUUUAUAUUUUGGUUUGGUUCAUGAUGUCCAUCACAGAAACCUGCUGCUUUUAUUUUGAACCCACUGAGAGGUCGAAGGUCAUGAACAGUCAGUAGUGUUUGUAUUUCUGCUUUACACACACAGACGUUUCUGGAUCUGAAUGUUUUUAUCACAUCGUGCACUGUAGAAGGUGAAAUAACUGAAGUCUCUGUAGUGUUAUUAAAUACAGAUUAAAGUGGAUUGAUGAAUCUAAA